AUGAUUAACAAAGAGCUAUUAUUGAUCCAUUGUCAAAAAGGAUACCAUAGUAAUCCCUAUGCUGCAAAUCUGCUAGGGAUGGGAUCCAAUAUGGACGUGACAACCAAAAUCUUCUUUGUGGCUUUUUGGUUAUCCUUUUUUACUGUAGCCAAAAGUCAAGAAUGUCUUAAAAAAGAUAUUGAUUUUGAGAACACUCUAAGAAGUGGGCUUGAGGACAGCUAUCCGCAUAAAGCAACAGUGAGACUGAGUUGUGCUACCGGCUUUGUUGGAUCGUUGAAGAUUGAAUGUAACAAUGGACGAUGGGAAAAAACUGGAGGGAGAGAUUGUAAAAAAAGACCAUGUGGUCACCCAGGAGACACACCGAAUGGAGACUUUAGGCUUACAAAAGAGUUAGAGUUUGUGUUUGGAGCUACAGUGGAAUAUACAUGUAGGACAGGGUAUGUAAUGGCCAGCAGAGUAAAUUAUCGCAACUGUCGUAGUCAGGGGUGGGAUAAUGCUGUACCUGUCUGUGAAGUGGUGAGAUGCCCUGUAAUUAGCAGUUUAGGUGAUGUGAUUGCAACAGGCAAUACAGAAGAAGCAAGCUAUGGUGAUGUUAUCCACUUUGAGUGUGAGUCUCCUAACAAGAUGGUAGACGGACCACAGGACAUAAACUGCAAAGAUAAUGGACAAUGGAGUGCUACUAUACCGAAGUGUAAAGAAAUAGAAUGUCGGGCACCUAAAAUACAUAAUGGAUCUACUGACUAUAAUAGGGUGUACAGAGACAAUGAAAUAAUGAAAUAUACAUGUGACUCAAAGUACAAACAAAGAGCUGGAAACCCUAGGUGCACAAAGUAUGGCUGGAGUAUACCACCAGAAUGUGAAGAAAUUACUUGUCUACUUGGAGCACGCACCUCUGGUAUCGCCAGCACAAGCCCACCAGGGAAAAAUAUAUUCAAAGUUGGAGAAGAUGUGGAGAUUACAUGCGAAAAAACUUACUUGAUUGUCUGGACAAAGCAAGUGUCAAAAAAUAUUACAUGCCAAGCCGAUGGCACCUGGAAAUCCUCCCCAGUGUGUGAGGAAAUGACCUGUGAAUAUCCUCGUGGUCAACAUCUGUCAUAUCCUUAUGAGCCCUACUACACAAAGCGUUAUAAAUUUAUGGAGAAAAUAAGAAAUUAUCGCUGUGAAGAUGGUUAUAAAAGUACAGCUGCAAUUGCUACAUGUACAGAGAAUGGCUGGGAGCCAAAACCACAGUGUACUGUACAAGAAAAAGUUUGUAAAAAACCUGUUGAGCGAAAUGGGUUAAUCUCAAAUAAAGUGACCAAAGGAUUUUCCUACACAUGUGGCUCAGGCUAUAAACCAUAUGAUGAGAAAUGGUGGGAAGUGCUACCCUGCUCUGAAGAGCAACAGAGUAAUCCACCACUAUGUAUACCUAAUGAUCAGUGUGGUCAAAUACCCGACAUUCACGCCAAACGCUUUCAAGAAAAGAAAGGGUAUGAGAAUAAGGCAAUACUGAAGUUGGAAUGUGAAUCAGAACCUUGUUGUUUUGAAUGUAUCAAUGGACAGUGGAAAAACUGUGAAUCUAAGGGCUGUGGGACUCCUCCCCCUGUUGAAAAUGCAGUUAUUGUUCAUAUUCAGCAACAAGCGAAUUACAUGUGUCGAGAAAACUUUCAAAUGAAUGGGAACCCGAUCAUAACGUGCACCAACUCCCAAGAAGCACCAGCAUGCAUUCAACAGGAACUUAAUGAAAACCAUGAAUGCCCACAACCUGAUAAAGAAAUAAAUAAUGCAGUUCUGAUCAAAAGAAAUCUAAAGGUAACCUACCAGAAGGGUGACAUACUACACUACAGGUGUAAACCUGGCUUUGACUUUCAGACUGUGCCCAGUGCCACCUGUUCUGAAGGACAAUGGAAUUACCCACAAUGCAUACAAACCGAUGAAAAACUUGAAUGCCCAAAACCUAAUAAAAAAAUAAAUAAUGCAGUUCUGAACAAAACAGAUGAGAAGGAAACCUACCAGGAAGGUGAAACAGUACAAUACAAGUGUAAACCUGGCUUUGACUUUCAGAAUGAGUCUCAUGCCAAUUGUUCAAAAGGACAAUGGAUUUACCCAGAAUGCAUACAAUCGGAUGAAAAACUUAAAUGCCCAAAACCUAAUAAAAGAAUAAAUAAUGCAGUUCUGAACAAAACAGAUGAGAAGGAAACCUACCAGGAAGGUGAAACAGUACAAUACAAGUGUAAACCUGGCUUUGACUUUCAGAAUGAGUCCCAUGCCAAUUGUUCAAACGGACAAUGGAUUUACCCAAAAUGCAUACAACGUGAGUAUUAA